AUGCAUCUUCUCCCUCUCGUUCUCCUGCCCCUGACAGCCCAGGCGAUCAACAUCGUCUCAUCCAACGAUGAUGGAUGGGCCGAGAUUAAUAUCCGCCAGUUCUACAAAGCCCUAACCGCAGCUGGGCAUUCCGUCGUGGUCUCUGCACCAGCCGAGAACCAGAGUGGAACAGGCUCCUCUGACAAAACACCCACCACCCUGACGGAACCUUGCGAGUUCAACAGCUGUCCCUCUGGCAGUCCCGCCACAGGCUACAAUGCCUCUGACCCCCGGCUCAACUACGUCAAUUCCUACCCCGUCACGUCAAUGAAAUACGGCAUCAACACCACGGCGCCUCCGUUCUUCAACGGCGCCGCCCCAGCCCUAGCCGUCUCCGGCCCCAACGUCGGCGCGAACCUCGGCCUGUCCGUGUACUUCUCCGGCACAGUCGGCGCAGCACACUACGCCUCCGAGGCUGGGAUCCCCGCGAUCGCGUUCUCGGGGAGUUCCGGCUCGCAGACGGCGUGGAAUGCUGCCGUGCCGGCGUACAGCCAGGUGUAUGCGCAGCUGGCCACGAAAGUCACCAAUCAGAUCGUCGCCUCGGGGACGCCAUACCUGCCCGACCAGGUCUGGCUGAACGUCAACUUCCCCGAGGUGAGCGAUGAGUGUGCUAGUGCGGACGACUUCAAGUUUGUGCUGUCGCGGAUCUUCACGGCGGUGCCGUUGGUUUCGGGGGAUGAUGUCGAGACGUGUGGGAGCUCGCGGCUGCCGACUGAGACGACGGUCGUGGAUACGGACGGAUGCUAUGUGAGUAUCUCUGUGGGUUGGAGCGAUAAGACCGAUGCGGAUGCCGAUGUGCAGGCGGUUGUGCUGGAUAAGCUGGGUGAUUUGUUGUGGACCAUACCUUUGUCGGUUGUCCCAGGCGCCGGCCCAACCGCCAAGGAAGUUGAUGUCCAGGCCGCCAUUAACGCGAAGUUUAAGCCCAGUGGAGACAGCAGCAUUCCCGCCUAUGAGAUCCGAGAGAAAGUACAAACCCAGACAGGAAGGAGCAUGGGUACUUUCAUCAUCAGCUUCGCGACACCCGUCAAAGGAUUGGGAAAGACCCUGGGAGUUGGCCAAUCAAAGAAGGUGGAACGUCCUCUAUCAAAGGAGGGGGGGGGCAUUGUGCGCUUUGUCGAGCUAAGGGGCAUAAGUCUCAUUGUGUCCACAGAAGAGACACUGGAGCAGUUUCGGCAGCACCAGAAGGUCUUCGAUAACAUCGCCUACCAAAGAGACGACCAUGAGCAGGCAUGCAAGCAACUCAACAUUAAGAACCCACAGAAUCCAAGGAUGCGGUCCAUGAAUAGAAUGAUCAAGCUCAACUGGACAACGGGAACAACAAGGACACCCCCCCUCGUGGCUCCCGGAAAACACUCUUUAACGCACCUCACACUGACGCUAUGGGAAGGCCGCUGA